AUGGGAUUUGAACUAGAUGAAAUUUGCUCUGGGCACCCUCCCAAAACAGACUUUUCACUUCAAGCUCAGAAUGAGAUUGAGAUCGUGGAGUUCGUGACAGCCCUGGUACAGCCACAAGAGGUGUCUAGCUACCCCAUCUGUGUGGAUAACUUGAAAGAUCCAAUAACUAUCAACUGUGGGCACAACUUCUGUCGCUCAUGCAUCAACAUGGCUUGGAAGGACCUAGGUGAUACCUUCCAGCUCAGUCAUUUGACUGAAAUUGCUAAUUUACUUCAGAUCAGAAGGAGCAAGUGGAAAAGGCAGGAAGAGAAUUCUGUGUGUGAGAAGCACAAUCAGUUUCUGACCCUUUUAGGGAAGAACCUAGAGGUUUUAUGUACACAGUGCAGUUUCUUCAUUCAAUACCAGAAACGCUACAUUUGCCCCAUUAAGAAAGCUGCCUCUCAUCACAGGAAAAUUCUACAGUGUACCAUUGAGCCCUUGAAGAGUGAUAUGGAACAAGUUGAAAAAGUGAUAACUCUGCAAGCCAGCCAAUCAGUUGAACUGAGGAAGCAGGUUAAAUAUAGGAGAGAAGAAAUAAAUUCUGAAUGUGAGCAAAUUAGACUGUUUCUACAGAAUCAGCAAGAGGAUAUUCUCAGGCAGAUGGAAGAUGAAGAGAUGGACAUUUUAACAAAACUCUAUGAAAACUUUGUAACAUUUACAGAUCACGCUUCCACAUUGAAACAUCUGCUGAGGGAGGUAGUGGGUAAGUGUGUGCAGUCAGAACUGGAACUACUGCGGCAGGUUAAGAGUAUCCAGUGCAAGUAUCAAAUCCUGAAAUGCUCUGAGCACUUUUCAUUCCAAUUAAACAAGUAUGGAUUUAACCUUCCUCCACAAUAUUCUGGCAUUGAUAGUAUUACCAAGCCAUUUCUAGUAGAUGUGAUUUUAGAUCUUGAAACAGCACAUCCUCAAUUUAUUGUCUCUGAGGAUAGAAAAAUUGUGCAAUAUAGAAAGAGAAAGCCAAACCUUUAUUACCCAAGUAGAUUUUAUCUCUGUCCUGCUGUCCCGUGUUGUAAUAGAUUUCAUUCUGGCAGACAUUACUGCGAGAUAGAAGUGGGAAGCAAGCCGUGCUGAGAUUAUUUUCCUAGGAACUGGCGAAAUCACCCAGUAGUUGAGGGUGGAUUCUAGGCAGAUGGGCGGUAUGUUGAGAGAACUUAUGUGUGUCAAGUCCUAAGAGAAACCAUCCUGUCCAUGGUAGAACCCAGUAAGAUUGGUAUUUUUCUGAACUAUGAGUUGGGUGAGGUUUCCUUUUACAAUUCGAAUGAUAGCAUUGUUCCCUAUACUUUUAAUGAUUCUUUUACAGAAGCCAUUUGUCCCUAUUUCUGUAUUGCAAUAGAUUCUGUACCUCUUAAAAUCUCUUCAGUAACAGAUGAUGAAAGAUGA